AUGGGGGCCGCUUGCGGGAAAUCGCAGCGCGCCGCCGCCGCUGUUGAACCCCCCCUUUCUACCGCGGAGAAGGCAGAAGCAGCAGCAGUAGCAGCAGCAGAACAUAGCCAGAAAGCAGAAGAAGCAGCAGAAGUUGCUGCUGCUUGUGCGACGAAAGCUUCCGCAGAGGCUGCUGUCCUUACAGGGGUAGAGCCAGGGGCAGAGCCUGCUGCUGAGGCAGAAGAGGCCCCAAAACAAAAUGAAAUAGAAGAGCAGCAAACAACAACAACACCCGCACAAACGCAUGCAACAGAAGAGCAGCCAGCAGCUCCUCCUGUUGUUCCCUUGAGCGAUGCAGAUGCACAAGUUCUUGCUGCAGCAGAAGCAGCAAAGCAGGAAGCAGCUAGUAGCAAUAUGCCUAGGGCGUAUUUGUUUUAUGCAUGCGAACUCAAUGAAGGAUCCUUAAUGAUGCAAUGGACUACUACACAAAUAACGGAAGAAGAUAUGCAUGCAAAGAAUUUAAUUCUUCUUGCCUCCUUUUUUCCUGCUAAACAUAAAACUGUUUCUAAGAGCAAACUUACACAAAAUGGAGGUAUUACCUACUUCCUGCAGGAGAUGAAGUACAAGUGGGAGGUUUGGAGCAAAGUGCAGAGACAGGCAUAUUAUCAGGGUUGGAUAAAAUUCGUCAAAGCAGCAGAUGAGAUGGAGGCGUCAUUCACCUUACACCACUUUGCUGCUCCUGCGCCACCCGCCAAACUUUUCUUACUGCAUACAGGACCUAUUGAGAAUAAGGUACUGCCUGCUAAGGAAGAAGAACCAUUCAAUGUCUCCGUCUUCGGUCUUGCUGCGGUGACGCCGCCGUCGCCUCCUUACAAGCCAGGAGCGAACAUUACACCAAAGAGAUUCGGCGAAAUCGCCACCGGAGCAGGUGGGGCUUACAUGCAGCUUUCCCGCAGAGGCGGUGAUGCAGCAUUUGAUGAGAAAGAAGUUCAGAAGUGGCUGGCGGCUGACGGUCUUCAAAUGAAAAAGGGAGAAGGAAUUACAUUGGAUGCAGCAGGCGGUUAUGAACGAAGAUCUGAGAAAAAGGGGGGCGAUGCUGCAGCUGCAACUGCAGCCGUAGAAGCAGAGCCCACUAAAGUGUCGCAAGAUUGA